AUGUCAAGUGGAUCCGCGUACAUUCCAAUGGAUGCACGCCCGGAGUGGAAAGGAGUUCAGCCAGUGUUCCAAGAUGACGGGCCAAAGCCUCUCGUGCAGAUUCAGUAUACAGAGGAAUUCACGGAUAUUCACAACUACUUCCGAGCCAUCCUGGAGAAGGAGGAGGUCAGCCGUAGAGCAUUCGAUCUGACUGCUGAGGUCAUCGAGUUGAAUGCUGCCGACUACACCGCGUGGUACUGGCGAAGGAAGUGCUUGGAGGGCCUGGCAGAUACCGAGCUCCUUCGAGGAGAACUAGAGUUCACACAGGAAUGGGCCACUGACAGUCCCAAGAACUACCAAGUUUGGUUCCAUAGACGCUGGGUCGUGGAAAAGUUGUUUGAGAAGAAUCUUCUCCUGAGUCAAGACGAGGAAUUUGCGUUCACUGCUGAAGCUCUUUCGGGAGAUGCUAAGAAUCUUAAUGCCUGGAGUCACAGGAUGUUUGUGAUCCACCUGUUCGGGCGGGACACUACUGUGUCCGGCUUGGAAGCUGAACUGGACAUGAGCGCAGGCUUGCUAAGGAAUGACUUGCGCAAUAACUCGGCUUGGAACCAUCGCUUUGUGAUCUUGCAAAAGCUGGCUGAGAUAGAACCUGAAAGCCUAGAAGAUCGUCGAGAAGCGGAGAUGCUCUUCGUUAUGGAAGCAUUGAAAUUGACACCCAAUAACGAGAGCCCAUGGAACUACGUCAUGGGCAUCCUUUUCGACUAUGCUCCGGAAGACCGACAACAGAUCGCCCCACUGUUGGAGCGGGUACGGUCCUUCGCGCGAGAGGCGGUUGACGAAGGUAGCCAACAUGCCAACCUUCCCCCGAAUAGAUUUGCGCUGGAGUUCCUCGCUCGUGCGGCUUGGAAACACGAUGGUGAUUGUGCAUCAGCUUUGUCGUAUUACACUACACUAGCUGCCAGCGAUCAAGUUCGGCAAGGCUAUUGGAACCACGUGAUGAAGCAGCGCAAAGGGGAAAUAGAAUCGAAGGAUGUUCUUGUUGAACUUGAACGACAGAAUGGCCGUUAA